AUGGCCAUGUCACGCUUCAUUAGCGUUGAAAGAAGAUUAUCACGAGAUGAACAACUACGUACCGAGUAUGUAAAAUUCAUGACACAAUAUUUAGAAAUGGGUCACAUGGAGGAAGUAAUUGAAAACGAAAUUCCAACAUCAAGGCAAUUUUACUUACCACACAACGCAGUGGUCAAAACGGCCAGUCUAACUACAAAGGUACGAGUAGUUUUCGACGCAUCAGCUAAGAGCUCAUCAGGACUAUCUUUAAACGAUGUCCUAAUGUGUGGUCCGAGUAUCCAAGAAGAAUUGUUUUCGAUCUUAUGUCGGUUUAGAAGUCAUCAGUUCGUUAUCACUGCGGACGUAGAAAAAAUGUUUCGACAGGUAGAGGUUGCAGAAGAAGACCGAAACUUGCAGCGUAUCGUCUGGAGGUCAACCCCUAGUGAAGCGUUACGGACUUAUAGACUGGGAAGAGUUGCAUACGGUACAACUUCUGCUUCAUUCAUGACCACAAAAUGUCUGUCAGUCCUAUCAGAAGAAUUCAACAGUCAGUUUCCCAAUGCAGCUAAGGCAGUACGAACAGAUUUCUACAUGGAUGACCUCCUGUCUGGUGCACAAACUGAGAUAGAGUGUUUACGUCUACAGAGGAAUAUUACUAGGAUAUUGAAUUCAGCAAAAAUGCCAUUACGAAAAUGGUGUUCAAACUCGCAGUCAGUACUCGAACAUAUCGACAACAAAAAUGAUGAUGAGUUAUUAGUGUUAGAUUUGGGUGAAAAUGACGUAAUUAAAUCGUUAGGCCUAUGUUGGAAGCCAGUGGUAGACGUCUUUCAGUUCAACGUAGCGAUUUCUGACAAGAACAGUGAAGCAACUAAGCGUAGUCUCCUGUCCGCUCUAAACAGUAUAUUUGACCCACUAGGAUUCCUUGCUCCAGUGUUGGUAAAAGGAAAAAUUUUUCUGCAGCAACUAUGGCUCGUUAAAGCAGAUUGGGAUAGUUCAUUGUCUGUUGAAAUAAAACAAAAAUGGUACAAUUACUGGUCAGACCUCAGUACGCUUAAAACACUGGAAAUUCCAAGAAAGGCAGUCGCAUGUGCAGGAUUAAGGACCGAGUUUCACGGCUUUUGUGAUGCAUCAGAAAAUGCCUAUGGUGCAUGUAUUUAUGUACGGUGUAAACUGCCAAGCGGAGUAUGGCAAUCACGAUUAUUGUGCGCAUCUACUCGGGUCGCCCCUCUCAAGGGAGCUACAAUCCCUAGAUUAGAAUUGGGAGGAGCCCUAGUACUGGCUCAGUUAGCAAUGAAGGUAGCCAAGUCAUGGAAGGUUGACAUACAUAAAUUUUACCUGUGGACCGAUUCAACUAUAGUGUUGGGAUGGUUGAAUAGCCAAUCUAGUCGUUUGAAAACUUAUGUGUCAAACCGUGUUGCACAGAUUUUAGAUAUUACCAAUACUGAGCAAUGGUACUAUGUGAGGACUUAUGAUAAUCCAGCAGAUGUGUUAUCGAGGGGUGUGAAGGCGAAAGACUUGAAAGGCAUCGAGUUGUGGUGGAGUGGACCAAAAUGGCUAUCUCAUGAGCAAAAUGGUUGGCGAUUCGAACGAGUAUCACUGCCAACUGGAGAAGAAUUACCUGAGCAGAAAACCGUACGUUUCGUUCUUUUAACAGUGCCGUUACCAAUGCGACUUGUUGAUUCAUGCUCAAACUGGCAACGCCUACGUCGAGCAACUGCGUGGAUUCUGCGGUUCAUUGAAUUCAUAAAAACUAAACGCACCCCACAACUAGUACGCUAUCUGACAGUUAAAGAGUUAAUGGUUGCUGAACAGAGACUGAUAACUUAUGCUCAAAGGGAGGCCUUUCCGGAGGAGUAUGAAGCAUUAGCAAAAAAUAAGGACAUUCCUGGUCGAAGCAAGUUAAGGUCAUUGAACAUCGGUCUAAGGUAUGGCAUGAUAGUAGUGGGUGGUCGUCUUGACAAUGCCAAUCUUUCACAAGACCAAAGACAACCAAUAAUUCUUCCAUACAAUCACAGAAUUACACAGUUGAUAUUCUUAGAUUAUCACAUGAAAUUAUUGCAUUGUGGUCCUCAGUUAUUAUUAGCGGAAAUCAGGCAGAGGUAUUGGCCGCUGUCUGGUAGACUAUUAGCGCGCUCAACAGUUCGAAGGUGCGUGAAGUGUGUACGGAGCAAACCGACCUUUCAAAUUCCAAUAAUGGCGCCAUUACCAAAGGAAAGAGUACAAUGUUCACGUCCCUUCACGUACACGGGCGUGGAUUUUGCAGGACCGUUAAUCAUCCGAAGCGGAAUCAGGGGUCGAUCAGGAACAAAGGCGUGGGUAUCAAUAUUCGUGUGUUUUUCUACAAGAGCGGUUCAUAUAGAAGCAGUCGAGGACUUAACGAGCAAGGCUUUUAUAGCGGCCUUAAGACGAUUUGUUGCUAGACGAGGCAAACCCGCAGAACUGUGGAGCGAUAACGGAACAAACUUCGUUGGAGCGAACAAGGAGUUGACCAAAUAUACUCAACAUCUUGGCAGUCAGCUAGCAAAUGAAGGGAUCACCUGGCGCUUCAAUCCCCCAUCAGCCCCUCAUUUUGGAGGACUGUGGGAAGCAGCAGUUAAGAGCGCUAAACACCACUUGGCUAGGACUACUGGAGAGGCAAAGCUAACUCUAAGUGAGCUCAGUACACUGCUAUGUCAAAUUGAAGCCUGCCUCAAUUCCCGACCAUUGACACCUAUGAGCAGCGAUCCUAACGACUUCACCUCACUUACCCCAGCGCACUUCUUACUCGGUGCACCUGUAACGUCGUUCCCAGAACCUGAUUUAAAUGGCGAAGAACCACAUGCAAUGCGACGUUGGAAAUUUGUACAACAUCUUCUUCAAACUUUCUGGAAGCGAUGGCACAUGGAGUACCUACCCCAACUACAGGUCCGUGGAAAGUGGACAUCAGGAAGCUCCAACCUAGCCAUAGACGAUUUAGUAAUUGUCAAGGAAGACAACCUACCGCCCUUUAAGUGGCACUUAGCACGCGUUAUAGAACUACAUCUAGGUUGUGACGGUAACGUAAGGGUUGUGUCCGUACGUAACUCUUCCGGUAAAACAAUGCGCCGUCCAGUCGCAAAACUUUGCAAGCUCCCAAUCGAUGCAGAGGAGUCUGUUGAAAAAUAG